CCCGGGUAUUGUCCUGCUUUCCUAUUGAGGCAACUCCUGGAGUCAUUGUGUGAAUUAUUUAAGAAGCUUCGGCGCCCAUCACCUUCCAGUCCCCAACCCAUCAACCUUGUCGUCUGCGUGAAUCACCCGAGCUUUCAGCAAACUACGACGCCUCUACAAAGUUAUUCCUGUCUCUCCCUCUCCCAGACAGUUCACGUACACUACACAAUGUCCCUGUCCCUUGAGACCACCGACGUCGCUCCCGCUCCGGUCCCUGUCCCGGUGCAAGAUGGCCCAGCUCUCGGCUCCAAAUCGCGGAUGCCCGAGUUCAGCCUGGCUGGGAAGGUGGUCUGUGUCUCCGGAGCCGCCCGCGGAUUGGGGUUGACGCAGGCCGAAGCUCUGCUCGAAGCCGGGGCCAAGGUGUAUGCGCUUGACCGUCUUGAGGAACCCUCCCCCGAGUUCGCCAUCAUCCAGAAACGCGCGCAAGAGGAACUGGGAACAGAGUUACACUACCGUCGCAUUGACGUGCGCGACACGGAGCUGCUAAACACCGCCAUCGAGGCUAUCGCCAACACGGAGUGCCGGAUGGAUGGACUGGUCGCCGCCGCGGGAAUCCAGCAGGAGACCUCUGCAUUGGAGUACACGGCCGAGGACUCGAACCGGAUGUUCGAGGUGAACGUUACAGGGGUGUUCAUGACCGCGCAGGCCGUCGCGAAGCAGAUGAUUCGCUUUGGGAACGGCGGCAGCAUUGCACUGAUUGCCAGUAUGAGUGGUACAAUCGCCAAUCGGGGUCUCAUCUGUCCCGCGUACAAUGCCAGCAAGGCGGCUGUGAUCCAGCUGGGUCGCAACCUCGCCAUGGAGUGGGGGCAGUACAACAUCCGGGUCAACACGAUUUCCCCGGGAUAUAUCGUGACGGCGAUGGUGGAGCAGCUGUUUGUGCAGUUCCCCGAGCGUCGUGAGGAGUGGCCGAAGCACAACAUGCUGGGCCGACUGUCCACGCCCAACGAAUACCGGGGCGCGGCGGUCUUCCUCCUCAGCGACGCCAGCAGCUUCAUGACGGGCAGCGAUCUGCGCAUCGACGGCGGUCACGCUGCGUGGUAGAUGUCUGUUCUUGUUGCCUGUUUUCUAUGUGUUUCGUGUUGCUGUGUCGCAUGGCGUCCAUCUGUAAGAGCGAAGCGUUGAUUGAUGGGGAUAAUUGUUUACAUUGACGCACAACAUCUAAAAGGGGGGAAACUAAAAAUCUCUCAUUUUCCUGUUCAGCGUCACUGGUGUCUGGGUUAUUCAACUUUAGAUCAUUGCAGGGAUGUAUCUAGUAUGACUACAUAUGUACACAGUGGUCUGACCAUAAUCUAAUGAAGGCUGAUCAUUUUGAUCU